GCGCCACCAACGGCCACUAGAAUAGAAAAAAGCUUGGUAUUUUCUUGAUUUGCGGCUCGUGUGGAGGAGGAGCGAGACGGUGUCUAAUCUGCAAUUUUUUUUAAUUGAUUUAAUUUCAGCAAGUUUUAAUUGUUGGGCUGGGGGCUGAUCACACUGUCGUCAUGAUGGCGUUUACAGAAUAUCAGCCACCAUUUCCCACUUGCAACAAGACAACAAGAACAUCUGCCGCCAAUCCAGAGAAAAUCGUCGGAUGCCAAGAGAUUUCAUCGCAGCUUCCUCUUGCUUAGCUUGAUUUCUUUUUUACUCCUUUUCAUCCCAUCGCUUUUUAUUCGCCGCUAGUGCAGCAGCCACGAUGUCUAAACCAGAUUCCAGCGAGAAGCCACCUGGAGGCUUCGAUUCUUCACCACUGCCAGCUGCUCCUCCCGGCUACACGCUUCGCUUCACCUUUCAUUCAGCACGAAAUUUGGCACCAGCAGAUAUCAGCAGUGCCUCGUCUGAUCCGUUUCUCCAUGCGACGCUCAAGGCACCCGGAGUAAAGCGUCACAAAGAAGACCCCGACUUGACGUACCGCACAAGAACCCAUCACACUACAACAAACCCCGACUGGAAAGAAGAAUGGGUGGUCGCUAACGUACCGCCCAGCGGCUUCACUCUCAAAUGCCGACUCUACGACGAAGAUAGAAAUAAUGCAAACGACAGACUUGGAAAUGUGACGGUCAAGAUACCCCAAGUCUAUGAAGACUGGGAAGGCAUCCCUCCCCCAGGCCAAGUCUUUGCCGCUAAGAAGAGGGUCAUGAGCAAGCGUGCUUUUGUAGCAAAGGCACUCAUGGUUCUGUGCUCCAGCGGAACGCACAUGGCUCCUCUGGUUAGAAUCAGCAUUGAAGUGCUGGGCAAGUCCGCGCCGCCUCAUGGCCAGAUGCACACGCUAUCUCCGACGAAAUGGAUCAAGCACUUUAGUCCCAUGAUUGGAAGACUGGUGGGAAUGACUGUAAACCAGAAUGAAGAAGACGACACAAGGGCCCAAGGCAACCAGAAUGGAACAACCUCAGAAAACCAGAAAUACGACUUUCAAGCAAACGAAAUGCAGCUCGCCGGUCCUGUGCCUCCCGAGCUGUACCACAGAUUUGUCGAAUUCCGACCCGUAAUUGGCUCCAUGUUUGAAUCCAAGGGCCUUCGUGGCAAGAUCCUCAACAAGGCGUUGCACAAGCAGCAUGCUCGCAUCUACAAUUUCGACCAGUCUACCGAGUACGGCACGUUUGAGCCACGCUCCGAAGAGGCGACUCGCCAAUUCCUCAAGAUGGCCCAUUACGAUGAAGGCUGCCGUACCUUUACCUACGUGCUUACUCUAGACGGCACGUUUCGCUUCACAGAAACAGGCAAGGAGUUUGGCAUUGACCUCCUGAGCAAACACACCAUGCAUUCAGACGUGGCCACAUACAUUGCCUUUUCGGGAGAGUUCCUCAUCCGCCGCCUCGAGAACCCGAAUGCUUCGGAAAAGGUGCAACCCGACCAGAAGACGCAUCCGACCGAGCCUAUUCCAGGCGGCCCGCCAGAUGAUUCGCCUCCAGCAAACCCGUCGUACUACCAGCUCAUUAUCGACAACGACUCGGGCACAUACCGACCAAACAAGGAUAUGCUGCCCAAGCUAAAGGAAUUCUUUGAAGAUAAUUUCCCUGGCCUCGGUGUUGUAGUGAUGCAUUGCGAGGACCAGAACUUGCAAGACCUCAAGGAGGCACAGCGCCAGGCCAAGAAGAAUGAAGGCGGCAUGAUGCAGUUUGUCCUCAACCGCAGCCAGAGCAGCCUGAGCUCCAACGAAAGCGAUCUGGAGAGCAGAGCCGACGAUUGGGAGCAGGGCCACCAAAGCAAGAGAGAAAAGGUAUUUAACGCUGUCGAGGACCCCAAGGCGUUUAAGAAGGCUGUUGGCUCCAAGCUGCGCCAUCCAAACAGCGGCGGUCCUUCCCAGUAAAUUAUGACGCGAAUGAGCGCAGUAGUGAUUUAGGACAUUUUUUAUUGUAUGUAUUUAGUGUUUUAGAAUGACCACAAAUAUACCCAUCUGUCUUUUCUAUAUACAUGUACACGCCAUAUGCAACCCCUGCCUUUUUAUACCUUUGCUUUCAAGGCUACCCACAUGCUGGUGCAUUUUGCAAGCACCUCAUUCUGCGCCCCUGUUAAUACGGCGCUUAUCCUCGUCUUGCGUCCUUCCCAGCCAUCUACCUGUGCCGUCACGCAUACGCAGCUAUCAAUGGGAACCCCUCUGACAAACUUGAUGUCCAACCCGGCCGUGACGCUCGUAGAUUGGAAGACAGAGCUCGUCUUGCCCAGCGCCAGGUUCAGCUCGUUGAUCACGCUCAUGCCCUCGUCCAUCAUGGUCAUGGUCAUACCGCCAUGUAAGAUGCCAGGAUAUCCGCCCAGCGCUGGUCCAACAGCGUAUAGUACGUGGACCUUGGUGAUUGGUCGCUCCGGGUCUCGCGCGUGGGCAUCGUCGUCGCAGGUGAAGAGGCAAAGCAUGUGUCUCAGACCGCGCUCGCCUAGAAGCGUCUGAGAGAAGAAUUGGUUGUCAUUCUCAUCCGCCGGAUUCACUGUUUGUGGAACGAAUGCAAUUGUGCGCGGCUUCUUGAGCAGGGCGGCGGUCCACGGAAUAGCUUCAAAGUACGCAAUGGCGUCGGCAUAUAUCCUCGGCGAUGUGUUUGGCGGUAAGAUGUUGAGAGCAGGGCAGAUGAGCCUUUCCAGCUUAAAAGAAUCCAUCUGUUUCUGUGUUUAGCGAGCCUCUCGUCAGCUCUGCUAUGGAUUGGUAUAGUUGCAGCAGCAUGCAGCCGAAUGGUGAUGAUGGUGAAUCGGGGACGAAUGGUUCCACCCCCGCGUAGCUGAAUCGAUAGCCGAGGGCCAAGCUUCUGUCAAGACGCUAACAAAAGUACGUGACUACCUAUGUCCAAAAUAUUUUUAUCGACUUUCU